UAGAUAAUACAUUUGAGGUCAAGCUGUUUAAAAAUAGCUCUGGCCUUGGAUUCAGUUUUUCUCGAGAAGAUAAUCUUAUACCAGAGCAAAUGAAUGGCAGCAUAGUCAGGGUUAAGAAGCUCUUCCCUGGACAGCCGGCUGCAGAGAGUGGGAAAAUCAAUGUUGGAGAUGUUAUAUUGAAAGUGAACGGAGCCUCCCUGAAAGGACUGUCUCAGCAGGAUGUCAUAUCUGCUCUCAGGGGAACAGCUCCAGAAGUGUCCUUGCUCCUCUGCAGGCCCGCACCUGGUGUGCUUCCAGAAAUCGAUACUGCAUUUUUGACCCCACUCCACUCUCCAGCACAAGCAUUUCUAAACAGCAAUAAAGAGCCUUCUCAGCUAUCAUCCUUCUUGGUGGAACAAGCCAGCUUGGACAAGAAUGGGAUGUGUGGCAAAACGAAGAAACAGUGCAAGGCUCCAUCCAGGAGAGAGAGUUACAGCGACCACAGUGAGAGUGGGGAGGAUGAGUCUGUGAGAGUGCCAGUGAAGAUACCAAAUGUGACCCCGAUGGCAACCUUUGCACAUGAAGCACCGAGAGGCCAGGAGGAAUCCAUAUGCACCAUGUUUUACCUCCCUCAGAAAACACCCGGCAAGUCGGAAUCAGAAAGCAGCCGUCCUCCUCAUCUGCUGGAUGUGAGUCCUGGACAGAUCCACCAGUCCCUGGCAGAGUGUGCUCCCUCUGACUCCACUGGCAAAUAUUUUACACAUCUUGCCUCUCAGCUGAGCAAAGAGGAAACCAUAACAACUUUGAAAAAUGACCUGGGAAACCACCUUGAGGAUUCUGAGCUG